AUAAUCUCAAAAAGAUAUGGCUUCCUCAUCAAAGCAAGUCUUACGUGGCUUGCGAACGAUAAAUGCUCAACAAUGUAUUAGUACAAGAGGGUUUGCCACUACUUCUACCCGUGCACUACCACGAGCAAUACCUAGGAGGACAACAACAUCCUCAAAUGACGCAAUUGUGGAGAGAUUGAAUGAUCCAAUCAAUCCUACAAGGUCAGCAAAAGGUAAUGAAGCCGGAGUGAGCGAUACACCAUGGUAUAUACGUGAACAAGAAUCAUUCGAUAAUGAUGUCGAGCCAGAAGAGUUCGCAUCCACACAACCUGUCAAUCCGGCCGAUUUGGAACCUGAAGUAGAAUUACCUACUGCAUUGCAAGGUUUACAUGAAUUAUUGCAAGAAGGUCCUCCUUCUCCUUUGAUCGCAAGACCUGAUGAUGGUCCAUACGAAAGUGAAACGGGAAGGCGACCGAUCAAAUACAUUCAUGCAAAACAAGAUGACGUUCAAGCAUGGUGUGAUUGGAUCGUAGUCGUUCAAGUUCGAACGAGUGCAGGUUCAACGGUUAGUAGGGUAGCAAAAGAGAUUGGAGAAUAUCUUGCGGAUCAAAGACCACCGACGGAUGAAAGCACGAAAGCAGCAGCAGAAAUAAAAAAGAAAAAUGCAAAAGCUAAUUGGCAACCUUUUAAGAUCUUAUCGCGUGAAGCUCAAGAUGGAUUACGACUCUUACAUGCAAGUGAUCCAGAACGAUGGUCACGAAAAGAACUUGCGGAAACGUUCAAGAUGAGCGUUGAAAGUGUGAGGAGAGUUUUACGUAGCAAAUGGCAACCUUCUCCAGCAGUCGUUAGCAGACAAAACAGACGUGCGAAUGAACGAUACGAGGAAAAACAACAGCAGCAAGGAUGGCAAGGAAGAGAAGUCGAAGAAGUUGAACGAAUUAAGCAGAGUAUGUUGGAUAGCAAUCGACAAUCGAAUAUACCUCAGGAUGACUUCAACUAUGAUAAUUAUCGAGUAGUAGAUGAAGAAGGACGUCCUGUUGACGAACAAAAGCCAUUCAAACAACAAAUCACAUACGAAGGACUGGUACCAUCCGCCAAUGACGCUCAAUCAACUCGUUCUAGUUCACGAGCACGUAAUGGUCUCUUGCGUGGAGACGGAGAAUGGUGCUUAGUGGACGCAGGUUGGUGUGUCGUUCACGUAAUGACACCCAAAGCCCGGAUAACGUAUGAUGUGGAAUCACAAUACAAUUCAAACUCCCUUCAAAUCUCAUAAUGUAUCAAUAGUCAUUCACAACUUUGCAUCCAUGGAUAGAUUAUAUUUCAUGUAGUGUAUAUCUAUAGACAUAGAAAAACGUUUUUAUGCCUUGUAGCCAGCCUCGGUGAGUGCUUCUUUGAGAGACUUGAGCAAAUGUUCAAUAUCUCCACGU